AUCAUUACAAACACGAAACUUUUACUCAAUGUAGAUUUAAAUAUAUAAAUCACCUGAAUAUCAUUUAGUUGUCGAAGAUGUCUCUACAAGGUUGCUUGUUUAGUUUUUGUCUCGUGAUUCUUUUAGUGAAAUGUGAAAAUACAAACCGCACAACAAUAGAAACCAAAAAUGGUGUUCUGAGAGGUCGCGAAGUUAAAACAGUGGGUCUUAAUCAUAUUUAUUACGCUUAUCAAGGCAUACCAUAUGCAGAGCCACCCAUUGGAAAUCUGCGAUUUGAACCACCUCUACCUAAAAAAAAUUGGUCCGGAAUUUUCGACGCCACUAAAGAUGGAAAUGUGUGUGUUCAAGGCAACCCCCCCAUAGGUUCCGAGGAUUGCCUCAACCUCAACGUUUACGUCCCUAAGGUUUCCAAAUAUUACAAAGCAUUGUUACCAACCAUGGUGUUUAUAUACGGUGGCGGUUUUGAGGCCGGUUUUGCCACCUAUGACCUCUAUGGUCCCGACUACCUGCUGGAAAAGGUCGUCGUUGUGGUGACUCUUAAUUACCGAACUGGAAUUUUGGGGUUUUUAAGUACCGGAGAUUUGGUGGUUCCCGGUAAUAACGGAUUAAAAGAUCAAGUCAUGGCCUUGAAAUGGGUCAAGGAAAAUAUCGAAUUUUUUGGCGGAGACCCAAACCAAGUGACUCUUUUUGGUCAAAGUGCCGGAUCUGCUUCUGUUUCGUACCACAUGCAAUCGAAAUUGUCUCGAGGGCUUUUUCAUAGAGCCAUCCUGGAAUCUGGUGUAUCUCUGACUCCCUGGGCUUUUAGUCGGCGUGGCCCUGAAGUGGCAAAGAAUGUAGCUAAGGAUUUGUCUAUAGAUACGAGUAAUUCGCAACAAAUGGUGAAUCAAUUGAAAAGUGUGGAUUAUAAACUUUUGCAGGAAAAAGCUUCAGCAAUCGUGGCUUUAGAAUAUUUGAAAAACGAUCCAAGAAAUGGUUUCAUAUUUGCUCCAGUUAUCGAACCUCAAAACGAACACGCAUUCUUAACACAAAAAAGUCACGAAAUGUUAUCUAAUGGAGAUUUUGCAAAAGUUCCAUGUAUUGUCGGCUUUAACUCACUGGAAGGCACUUUUAAUUUUGGAACACUAUUUAAACUUUGGCUUUUGCGCUACGACUUCGAUCACACAAAAUUGUUACCAGUUGAUUUAAACAUAAAAAAAGAAAAGAAAGAUAAUGCUGCAGGGUACAUAAAGAAACAUUAUUUCGGUAACGGUGUUAUAGCAUUUUCUGACAGGAAAUUAAUGAAGUAUUUAAGUGAUGAUUUGUUUGUUCGGCCAAUUCGUGAAUUUGUACGAUUGAUUUCACAGCACGUUUCUGUUUAUUUUUACCAAUUUACAUAUGAAGGCGGAUUGUGGGGUUUUGCCAAUAGAACGCAACAUGGAGUUACACAUAGUGAGGAAUUGGGUUAUUUGUGGCGAUCCAAGUUUAAUCCCUCUGAAAAAGACUUAAUUAUAAGGAAAAAUAUGACUUCAAUGUGGACAGAUUUUGCAAAAACUGGAAAUCCAACUCCAAAAAAAUAUUUUACUUCAUCUAAAGUUAUCUGGAAAACUACCGACUCCAAUUUUACUUAUUUGGAUAUCGGUGAUGAACUAUUAUUAGGUCAUCAUCCUUCUAGAGCAAGUAUGGAUUUGUGGGAUUUGAUUUACAAACUUUUUGGAAAUCCACCUUAUGAUACCUCAACUUUACGUAGAGUAGCUUAUUUAGUUGACAGCUCAGCAAACAAAAUGUUAGCUCUAAGAAACGUAUUUUCUCUUUCUCUUAUUUGUGGACUAGCAACUUGUGCCACUUUGUUUCAAGAUGGUCCAAUAGUACAACUAGCAAAUGGUAAAGUGAAAGGAAGAGUAGAUGCAACAGUGGAAGAAGGUCGAACCUAUUAUUCUUUUAGAGGAAUUCCUUUUGCUGAGCCUCCUACUGGUGAUCUUAGAUUUGAACCACCAGUCCCUAAAAGCAAUUGGGAAGGAGUUUGGGAUGCCACUAACGACAGAUCAGAUUGCGUUCAAGGUUCAAAUCCUGUGAUGGGUUCUGAAGAUUGUCUCUUUAUAAAUGUUUACACACCAAUGGUAAAUAAUUUAAUAUUUUCUACUAAAAAACUAAAUUGACAAUUGAAGCAACCAUCAUCUUCAUGUGAACUUCUCCCUACCAUGGUCUGGAUUUAUGGUGGUGGUUUUGAAGGAGGUACCUCCUCUUAUAACAUAUAUGGUCCUGAUUAUCUCCUUGAAAAAGACGUGGUUGUGGUUACUUUCAACUACCGUUUAGGAAUUCUGGGAUUUCUGAGUACUGGGGAUGAAGUAGCUCCUGGAAAUAAUGGUCUAAAAGACCAAGUUUUGGCCCUCAAAUGGGUGAGAGAUAAUAUAAAGAACUUUUGCGGAAAUCCUGAACAAAUCACUCUUGCUGGUCAAAGUGCCGGAUCUGCUUCCGUGGCCUAUCAUCUCCAAUCGCCACUAUCUGAAGGACUUUUCCAUAGGGCUAUAUUACAGUCAGGUGUGUCUCUAAGUUUGUGGAGUUACAGUCGACGAGUUCCACAGGUGGUAGACCAAUUAGCUCAAGAUUUAGGUAUCGAUAAUUCAUCAAGUCGCGCUAUCGUCGACAAUUUGAAACAAAUCAACACUACACAUCUCCAAACUAUAGCAUCUUCGACUAUAUCCAAUGCUUUGAUUUCAAGCAAUCCCCGAGAUGGAUUUGCAGUAGGCCCCGUAAGUGAACAUGACCAUCCUGAUGCAUUCUUUUCUGGAAAAAGCCACGAAUUAUUGUCUAACAAAAAAUUCCAUAAAGUGCCUGUGGUUAUAGGCUUCAAUUCAUUGGAAGGAACAUUUAAUUUUGAACUUCUUUUCCGUUUGUAUCUAGUAAAAUUUGACCUUGACAAUACAAAAUUGUUGCCAAUUGACAUGAAUAUUGAUAGCAGUAAACUUACAGAAGCUGGCAAAAAAAUAAAGCAAUAUUACUUCGGUUGGAAGCCUGUUAGUCUUGCCAAUGUGGAAUUGAUGAAAUUCCUUAGCGAUGACCAAUUUGCGCGAUCAAUUAGAGAAUUUGGUCGACUUCUAAAAGACGAAGUCCCUGUAUAUUUCUACAGAUUUUCAUACGAGGGAGGUUUGUGGGGUCAUCACAACAGAACUGUCUCAGGUGUAACUCAUAGCGAAGAAUUGGGUUAUUACUGGGUUUCUAAUCAUCAACCAGCAUCUGAUCAUGAUUUUGUUAUACGAACUAGAAUGCUAACAUUGUGGACCAACUUUAUUAAACAUGGAAAUCCUACUCCCAAUCCAGACGCUGUAUUGCAAAAUAUUAUUUGGAAAACUUUUAAUGAAAGUUUGUCUUAUGUGGAUAUUGGACAACAUUUGGUUGUUAGUGAAUAUCCAGAAAAAGAUAAUAUGGAAUUCUGGGACAGCUUUUAUGCUCAGUAUGGAAAUCCGCCUUAUACUACUUAUUAAUUUUUCCAAGUGGAUGGUCUUUGUUUAAAAGUCACAAUUCUAAUAAAAAUAAAUAAAUAAAUGAUUUUCAAGUCUCA